UCCUUGUUGAUUCUACCAUAUUUCCUUAUAAUUCGCAAUCUCGCUCAAGACUCGAAUUAGACACGCAUUAGGGCGUUUUUCAACACAAAAAAGUGUGUUUUAAAUAAAUCUCAAGUAUCGACUUAAUUCAGAAGUUGCUGUUAAUAAAAAAUUACAUUACAAUUUGUACUUGUUUUUGGCCCUUUUGUUCUAUUUUUGGCUAAUCAGUACCUGCUAGUCUUGUGGUCUGAAUCAUAUCUAAAACAACUGUCUUCAUUUUUACCCAAUUUCAAACCAGAUUUUACUCUAUUUAUUCUCUUUUAUUGAUUGGAUAACUCGUUGAGUGCGGCCAAUUGAUAUCGACUGCUUCAAAUAAUACAUCACAAACCAUGGCUUCUUUUCGAUCCAAAGAAGUCGGCGAAAGCAUUAGAGAAGUUGAAUGUGAGAUGGAUUCUGAAAUUGACAGUGCAUUUAUGCAGUCUUCAAGCGCUUCAAACAAAGACGAAAACAAUCAGUCUGAUCAAGACAAUAAGUUACCGACGACAAAUGAGGCAGAUAAUACAACAGGCUUUAAAUUGGGACUCCAAGAGAGGAUCGAGGCGAUAGUUGGAGGGGGUGGGGGAGGAGCAGAGGGGGAGGAUGUACCGGCGGGACUGAAGGACUUGCUGGUCAACUUCUCUCUCAGCGUGAUGCGCAGUAGACCACGUGACCUGUUGGAACAUGCGCAAAAUUAUUUCACGGAGUUGAGGGACGCUGCUGUUAACAAGAAGUCGGCGAAAGCAUUAGAGAAGUUGAAUGUGAGAUGGAUUCUGAAACUGACAGUGCAUUUAUGCAGUCUUCAAGCGCUUCAAACAAAGACGAAAACAAUCAGUCUGAUCAAGACAAUAAGUUACCGACGACAAAUGAGGCAGAUAAUACAACAGGCUUUAAAUUGGGACUCCAAGAGAGGAUCGAGGCGAUAGUUGGAGGGGGUGGGGGAGGAGCAGAGAGGGAGGAUGUACCGGCGGGACUGAAGGACUUGCUGGUCAACUUCUCUCUCAGCGUGAUGCGCAGUAGACCACGUGACCUGUUGGAACAUGCGCAAAAUUAUUUCACGGAGUUGAGGGACGCUGCUGUUAA